AUGCCGCCGGCGCCACCACCUCAGCGUGUCCAAGACAUGGUCGAACUCGUCGAAGAGAUCCUCCUCCGCCUCCCGCCGAACGAGCCUGACAGCCUCGUCCGUGCGGCAGUCGUAUGCAAGCCAUGGCGCAGACUCCUCUCCAGCCACCGCUUCCGCCGUCUCUAUCGUGACUGCUUCCACAGAAAACCUCCUAUGCUAGGAUUCUUCCAGAGCUCCCUCUUGUUGGGGUCGCCGUCGGGGUCGACAUUCUUCGAUACUUACCUCGCAAAAAAAGGAUCCCUUUUGAACCCUGCCUCCACCAAAGGCUUCUUGCCGCGUGAUCCCGACGGCAGGUAUGGUGUGUUCGACUGCCGCCACGGUCGCGUGCUCCUAAAGUGCUGGGACUACGAUAACUACUGGGCCGGCGUGUCCAAGUAUGUCGUCUGGGACCCUAUGACGGGCAGCCAGAGGCCGCUGCUUACGCCCUACCAACGCGGCGGCGUGAAUCAUGGGGUGGCAGUUCUAUGUGCGGUUGGCGAUUGUGACCACAGCGCCUGCCACAUGGGUCCGUUUCAUGUGGUUUACAUCACCCUUGACAACGAGAAUGAGCUUGGAGACAGAGCAUGGGCGUACGUCUACUCCUCCAAGACUCGUAAAUGGAGCGAACGGGCCUUUCUUCAGCUGCCUGGGGAUAAUGAUCACGACAUGGAUAAAAGGCCUUUUGUUCUCCUCGUUGCAGAAGCAUUGUUUUCCCUCAUUAUUACCUUUACGCCAACAAAAACACGCCAAGUUAUCAAGUAUGAUUUAGGCGAUGAAUCCCUAUCCGUAUUUAACGUGCCCCCCAUGGUCGCCGAUUGGUUCGAGAUACCACCAGCUCUCGUCACAGCCGAAGACGGUGGGCUCGGCCUGGCGCACGUGGACAAGUUCAGCCUCCACCUGUGGUCUUACGACGACGGGGUUGCGGAGUGGACACUCGACAGAGUCAUUGAUCUCAACAAGAUGUCUCUCCCAAUUGGCGACCCCAUGAUCGCACCACAGGUGGCUGGAGCUGUGGAGGGCGCUCGUUCCAUCUUUGUAGUCACUGAUCUUGGUGCCUAUAUGAUCGAUCUCAACUCACUGACGUCCAAGAAGCUGUCUCAGGAGAUAUGUUCAAGUGCUAAAGAAAAUGUCGUAUUUCACGUCUUUCCCUACCUUAGCUUCUUCAAUCGACCAGAUAACAUUACCGGAGGAGGCGCUGCUUCUAUUCGGCGAAGCAAACGUAACAGGAGGCCCAACCCAAAGUACCUGUGAGCCCAAGCUCAUCUACCGCGCGACCAAGGGGUGCGCCACCAGCUGUUAUGGCCAGCAGUGACCAAGGGGAAAAGGUGUGGAGAAACAAGACAUGGAACUAGCAGCCGGCUCUCUUCUUGGAUCGCCUUCUCUUCCUGCCGACUUUGUGUAAUUUGGCACGAUUUGUAUCGGAUCCUUUAUCAGUAGUAGUGCGAUCAUGACACUUCAUGUUCUAAAUUCUAUACUUAUAUAAUUGACCAGUAGCAGCCGCACAUUAAGGACAAAAUGAAGAUGAAUGGAUGCUGCAGAUUCAUGAUAUGAUAAAGUACCUGUAGGCUGAUUUGGUCGUAAUUAAAGAAGUUAUAUUUGAACCUUGAGCAA